AUGUAUUGUGAAAACACGACGAGAGAUUGUAUGGAUUUUGGAAUGAAGAUGUCGAAAUAUAUCGGGGUGGUUAGAAGAGUGUUGCUAUUUUUUUUAGUGACCAGCCCAGACACAUUUGUUAUAUCACUAUAUUCCACUCGAGACGCUUUUGAAGAGAAGUUCUUCCCCUUAAAAAAAAGUGUUUUCCAGGAGGACUUGAGCAGAUCAGAACAAUAUAUUCGAUUCGUCGAGAUAUUCUUGUGUGUAUUAUUUGAUGUCUCUAUCCACGAUCUGAAGUUACAAGUACGAGUACGAGUGAAGUUCAUUGGUAAUUUACCCGCGGAGUAUUAUGAGGCAAGAUCUACCGAGAAAGUGAACAGCAACUACGCUAUCUACCAAGAUCUCAUUCAAGUGUCCAUUUGUUUGAAAGAAUACUCUUAA